AUGAGUAGUACUCUGCAGUCUUUCUUUGAUACCUUGGAGAAGGCGCUGGGCCAAGAUAAGAUGACAGGGACAGAGGAAGAAGUUUUAGAACAGCUGUACGAACUCAGCGACGAGGCGAAGCGGAAGGAGUUCCUGGACGACCUGUUCAGUUUCAUGCAGAAGCGAGCGUUUUUGUUUGCCUGCCGACGUUGUCUCAAUGUCGAGCAGCCGGGCGUCAUCGGUGACAACUGUUUGUUAAAUACUUCAGUUGUUCAGAUGUGGCGCGCAUGGCCAACUCGACGAGGGCACCGCAUAGUGUGCGUGACGUGUAGAGUGAAUAGAGUGAAUAGAGAGAGCGCCACCACCACGAAACCGUUCCGCCGUCUGUAA